CCUUAAAGAACUGGCAACACUUUUCAUCGAUACAUCCUACCUGAAGGUCCUGGUUGAAUCCUGCUAUGAUGGAAGGCUACACUAUACUCUCGCUUCUUCUCUGCCUCAGUGUGGCAAGCGCCAUCUCUAAUGUCGUCCGGCUUGGAGGAGUACGUAAGCAAGACAAUCUAGGGUGGGGCGUAGUCGAGGUCUACCGCGAUGGAGAGUGGGGAACAGUGUGUGGCAUUGGAUGGUCGCAAGAGGACGCUAAUGUCGUCUGCAAGCAGUUGGGCUUCCCUGACCCAGCCGCUUACUUCUUUGAAAUUACCGUUUGGAAGUUCUUUGGCCCAGGAACUGGAUCGACUCUGCUUGCCGAUGUUGCUUGUACGGGCGAAGAGGCCUCAAUCAUGGACUGUUCGGCCCACUCCACCGGGAUUUCUCCCUCCUGCACCCACGAAAAAGACGCCGAAGUCCAGUGUCUAGAGUCAGAUGCAAAAAGAAAAAUGGAGGAUUUGGAGUUCUAUGAAAAAGGAGACAUGACAGAAGAAGAAAAGGUGGCUGCUGAAUUCGAAGAACGAUCCAAUGACAAAAUGGAUUCUGACUUGAAGAAGAAAGAUGUCAUCCAGGCUCUAGAAGAUCUCCUGGUCUAUCUCGAGGACAAAUAGAUGAUAUAAGGCAGCGGAUACACUGAACUUGGGGCGGACUGGGAGCUAAGAUACAAUAUAGAGGGUUUUUUCUGCACGUUCGCUCGGCCGUUUAUUCAUUCACGGUUGGGUUUGGACGAGCAGAGACUAGGUGUCACUUCAUAUUGAAAGGUGUGACGAGUGAUCGUUACAGUCAAUUUGAAAAUUUCCCCUUAUGUUUACAUACUUUCAAAAAGAUUUUCCUCAACAAUAUAGCAAAACAUGAUCCCUUUUGAACAAAUAGGUGAUACAAAUAUUAGGCUCUCGAUAAAAUAAUGAUGUUAAACUUAUCGAGUACACAGUCAUAAAAGACGCAUUCACAUGAUUGCGACCAGACAUUACCCCCUUUUUAUCAAAUGUUAUGCUCUUAAACGAAAAUCCCUUUUUUUCCUUCAAAUCCGCGAACAUUCUCGCGAAUUACCAUUUUACGCAAAUUUCGAAUUACCAUGUCCCGCACCCGAUGCCAAUGAGAGGGAUACCACUGCGUAUAAAGAUUUGACACAUUUUGAGAGAAAUGGUAUUCCAGGGCCGUCCCCAAGUCUAUACGCCCAAAAUAAUGGAUUUUCUAAAUUCUACUAACCCUAGGUUUCUUACCACUGUGCUAACUGCUUUAACCCAAAACUUAAUUUCUUUGAAGAGAUAUCAUCCUCAUUAGGCCUCGUUCAGAAAUGACGCGGCAAAACCGGGUGGUCUUUAUGAUGACGUAAAAUAAAUAAUAAGCGUCACUUUUCUGUACCCCCUAACACCUAGCUCAGUAAAAACGCGCAGCAAUUUUUUUUUUUUUUAUACUUUUGCUGUUUUUUACCGUAUCUUAUUUGAACGAGCCUUUAUUAAGAGAGAGAUAGAGAGUGAGAAAGAAAAAUAUUACUCAGUAUUCUCAAUCCUUCUAAGGUGGGGAGCACAUGUCUCAAAAAAUGCUAACAAGCUCCCCUAAAGCUCCCCCGUUCUUUCUUUCUCUCCCUCUCUCUCUCUCUCUCUCUCUCCUCUCGCCAUUUCUUUCUGUUUUUUUAAAACCUUCAUCUAAAAUACAGUUGUAUAAACACGGUUUUAUCGUGGUGAUAUUUUUGCUAUAUAGAUGAUAUCAUUCUUUAAUUUGUAUUUGUAGAGGUUCAUCACGAACGUACAUGCUUGAACUGAGCAAACUCUUCUACCCUGUGUUUACGAAUUCUUUCAUUAAAACAUGAUCUAUUAAUUGCAAGAAGAA